UUUAUUAUCAUCACAAUUGAGAGAGACUCGUAAAACUUGUAAUGUCUAAGGCGAUGGCAACCUCUUCUCUUUGCUCGACUGUCUCACCGCUGCAGCGGUUCAGUUCCGGCAAUCGUGCGUGCUCCAAAACGGGACUUGUUUCCUUGCCGAGGAGACAUCGUCGUCCCAUGAAGGUUUGUGCGUCGUACGAUCGUAACAACCACGACGGCAAACUUGUUGACGAGGACAUGAUUGUUCUUAGGAUGAGGAUUCGUGAAAUUGAGAUGACGGAGACGAGUGAUCGGAAUGGACCCCCGUCGCAUUGGAUGGAUUGGGAGAAGCGAUACCAUGCGAAUUACGGUUCGGAUGUCUAUGAAGCCGUCGGGUUGUUGCAGUCUCAAUUGAUGAACACUAGGCCUUGCUUGGCUUUGGGAAUGCUUGCUCUUGUUACACUAAGCGUGCCAGUCUCUACUGCUGCUUUGAUGUCUCCUCUGCUGAACACUAUUAAAGGAAUAUUAGCCAACGGUUUUCACCUUACUUAAGUUUAAGGUUUAAUCACUCGUGUACGUAGCUACGUACAGAUAAUUUCAUUCGUAAUUAAUUAAUUAUAUG